UUCCCGGCCCAGGAAGCUGCGCAUGCGUGUCCGGGUCUGGAGAGCCGUGGGACGGAGGGUCCCUCCACGCGCAUGCGCGCCGAUCUCUGGCCAUGCGCGUGCUAGUGGGAGGUGGGACCGGCUUUGUGGGCGGAGCCUUGACCCAGCUGUUGAGGAGCCGAGGGCACGAGGUGACCCAUGUCUCUCGCCAUCCGGGGCCAGACCGGAUCAGCUGGGAUGAAUUGGCCCGCUCCGGCCUGCCCCCUUGUGAUGCUGCGGUGAACUUGGCUGGUGAGAAUGUUCUCAACCCCCUUCGCAGGUGGGAUGAUCCCUUCCGCAGGGUUGUGGUCGCCAGCCGGGUGGCAACCACCAAGACCUUGGCCAAGGCCAUCGCAGAGGCCGAGAGGCCGCCCCGCGCCUGGGUCCUCGUCACUGGCGUAGGGUAUUACCGCCCCAGCCCCACGGCUGAGUACACCGAGGAGAGUCCCGGCGGUGACUUCGACUUCUUCUCGCGCCUGGUGAGCGCCUGGGAGGCAGCGGCUAAAAUCCCCGGAGACGGCACGCGCCAGGCGGUGGUGAGAUCUGGUGUGGUGCUGGGGAAGGGCGGAGGCGCCGUCUCCCAGAUGCUCUGGCCUUUCCGGCUGGGCCUGGGGGGCCCCGUGGGCUCUGGCCUCCAGCCCUUCCCAUGGAUCCACGUCCGGGACGUGGCUGGUGUUGUGUGCCACACUCUGGAGACGGAGGGUGUCCACGGGGUUCUCAACGGGGUCUCUCCAGCUUCACCCAGCACCUCCAAUGCCGACUUCGCCCGGGAGCUGGGCUCAGCCCUGGGGCGCCCAGCCCUGCUGCCCCUGCCCAGCUGGGCGGUGCGGGGCGUCUUUGGCACUGAGCGGGCCGUCAUGCUGCUGGAGGGCCAGCGGGUGGCGCCAAAACGCACUCUGGAGAGUGGCUACUGCUUCGUGUACCCCGACCUGCCCUCUGCCCUGCGGGACAUUGUGUCCUGAACGGCUGAGGCGGGGUUGAUCCCAGUGCCCUGAGGACCCUCCUCUUCUGGGGGAUCACCCCAGUGGGAGCUCCCCCCGCCCCGAGACCCCUAAUCUCUGGCUCCCACAGCCCAGCUCUGAGCUUCCCAGCUGUCUUAGCCUGAACUUUGUGGGGUCCAUCUUGAGCCAUCCCCAGUAUCCCUCCAAUACUCCCCAGCCUCUUGCUGGGGGUCACCCCAUUCUUAGCCUCUCCAGCCCCCUUCUCUGAGUGGGAAUGCUCCCUUCUGAGCCCCUCCAGAAAUCACCCCUCCCCAGCCCUUCUCGGGGGGGGGGGGGGGGGGCACCCCACUGUGACUUUCCUGCCCUACCCCCAUCUGUGCUGCACUGACAGUGUGUUCAGGUGGUUUUCAAGCUCCUGGCCCUUUAUGGAGCUGGGGUUCUGCAGCAAAGGCUGCUGGGAAUUGCAGUUUUUGACUGCACUGCAGCCCCCCUCCCUCCCACCCUGUAUACAACCUUGUCCAGUUUGCAAUAAACUGCUGGUGAGUCAAUCGCUGUUGUUUGCAGGGAGUGGGGGCGGGGGGAGGGAGGUCACUAGGUCGAUGGUGGUGCUUAGGGCUGAGGGGGGGAUUCAGAGGCUGCACUGUUUUCAUACAGUCAGUGCUGACCCCAGUUGCGUGCAGCUCCCAAUACAGUGAGAGAGACCAGGCAGUGAAUGGGACCCAGCUGUCCAGGAGGAUAGUGCAGGGUGCUCAUCCUUAGGGGGGGCUGAUAGGUUGUAGGGUGGGAAGGGGAGCCAGGAGUCUGGGAGGGCAGUGCAGGGCCUUCGCCGCUAGGGGGUCUCAUGGCUCUUAGGGGAGGAAUGAGGAAGGUGCCUGGGAACAACCAUGGGGCUCAUGUACAAGGUGAGAGGGCUGAGUGAAGUGGAGAUGAGGGCUGUCUGGGCUCUGGGGACCAGACAGUAGCUUCCUGGCCGGGGGUGUGGGUCUGGGUCCCCCAGUGUGGGGCUGUUUUGGUUAUUCCUGUGUGGGCAUAACAGCCUCCAUGCAAGUGGUUGUACCGCUAUAACUGUAGAGGUGAAAUUGCAUCUCUGACCCAAAUAGUUAUGCUGCCACCGACUCUGGCUGUGGUUCUGGCCUUGUUUUCAUGCCUCAGAAAACAAUGGAGAAGGCGUGCCAGAAUGCUGCCCGUGUAAAAUACAAGUGUUGAUCUGUUCCUUUGGAACACCUCUGCUGACACCUCUUUGAACUGUCCCCGGCAUCUCUCACUGUCCCUUGUGUGUUUCAGUUCGCUUUUGCUGAUGGAAAUUUCUGCUGGCAUCAUUGUUUUGUGGAAAAUUUAUAUUCCACAAAUCCCCAUUUUCCAACAGGAAACCAUGGUUCAACUUUUUUCCUCACUGCCCUAAUGCAACAGUAAGCCAUGGGGUAAAUAAUGAAAGGCUUAGUUCCUGCAGACAGGCUGCGUUCUCCUCUAGAUCUCUGUGCAAACAUUGCCCCUGACAAAUGAGUGCUCCACUGUGCAUCAAGGGGACUGUGCAUAUGUAGUCCUGAGUUUAUCCCCCACCCCAAAGGCUGUAAUUAAACAUAGUGAGUGUCUCUCUUUGACUUGAGAGGAGAGCCAAAGCUCAAGGCCCUGCCAGUUGUUUCCAUUAGGGGUAUUUUCUGGGAUGCACUCUAGUUUAUUUCCAAAGAUAAUCCAUCAAGUCCUCUUUCCCUGAACACAGCUGCAGUUAGUGCUUCCGUUUGCUGCUCCAAACCAGCCUUUCCAGCUGGCACUUCUGUUACUGUCUGCUUGGCCUUCUCUCCGCCCCUUCUCCCUCGUGCACAGACAAAACCUGUGUCACCAAGCAAAGCCCUAGCCUCUGCCUGGGAAAUCUAUUGAGCUGCUUCUGCUCUAGCUUUUCUAUGUGCCUGUGUUUUGGAUUCUACUGCUGUUGUGUCAGCCACUCAACUGCAAUGGCUUCUUUACAUUGAUCCUGCAUGAAAGGUAAUGCCCCACCCAUCGCUACAAGGUUUAACGAUGGGACGAUCGAGGUGCUAGAGGAGUACUCAAGGAAGACAAGGCUGUUGCAGAGAAGCUAAAUGAAUUUUUUGCAUCAUUCUUUACUGUAGAGGAUGUGAGGGAGAUUCCCACACCUGAGCCAUUCUUUUUAGGUGACAAAUCUGAGGAACUGUCCCAGACUGAGAUAUCAUUAGUGGAUGUUUUGGAACAAAUUGAUAAACUAAACAGAAAUAAGUCACCAGGACCAGAUGGGAUUCACCCAAGAGUUCUGAAGGAAUUCAGAUAUGAAAUCUUAGAACUACUAACUGUGGUAUGUAAUGAAUCACUUAAAUCAGCCAUACCUGAUGACUGGAGGAUAGCUAAUGCAACACCGAUUUUUUUUUUUUUUAAGUCUCCAGAGGCAAUCCUGGCAAUUACAGGCCGGUAAGGCUGACUUCAGUACCAGACAAAUUGGUUGAAACUAUAGUAAACCACAGAAUUAUUACACAGACAGAUGAAUAUCAUUUGUUGGGGAAGAAUCAACAAUGGUUUUGGUAAAGGGAAAUCAUGUCUCACCAAUCUACUAGAAUUCUUGGAGGGGGUCAACAAGCAUGUGGACAAGGGAGAUCCAAUGGAUAUAGUGUACUUGGACUUUCAGAAAGCCUUUGACAAGGUCCCUCACCAAAAGCUCUUAAACAAAGUAAGCAGUCAUGGGAUAAGAGGGAAGGUCCUCUCAUGGAUUGGUAACUGGUUAAAAGAUAGGAAACAAAGGGUAGGAAUAAAUGGCCCGUUCUCAGAAUGGAGACAGGUAAAUAGUGGUGUCCCCCAGGGGUCUAUAUUAGGACCAAUCCUAGUUAACAUAAUCAUAAAUGAUCUGGGAAAGGGUAAAGAGUGAGGUGGCAAAGUGUUAAGAUGAUACAAAAUUACAAGGGUAGUAAAGUCCAAAGCAGACUGUGAAGAAUUGCAAAGGGAUCUCACAAAACUGGGUGACUGGGCAGGAAAAUGGCAGAUGCAAAGUAAUGCACGUUGGAAAACAUAAUCCCAACUAUACAUAUAAAAUGAUGGGUUCUAAAUUAGCUGUUACCACUCGUAUAGUUCUCUGUAAACAUCCACUCAAUGUGCAGCGGGAGUCAAGAAAGCUAACAGAAUGUUGGGAAUCAUUAAGAAAGGGAUAGAUAAGACACAAAGUAUCAUAAUCAUAGAAGUUUAGGACUGGAAGGGACAUUGGGAGGUCUUUUAUUCUAGUCCCUGCACUCAAGGCAGAACUAAGUAUUAAGUAUAAUCUCAAUAUAAAUCCAUGAUAUGCCACACUUUGACUGCUGCAUGCAGUUCUAGUCACCCCAUCUCCACAAAUGGAUGGGAAAUUAAAAAUGUGCAGAGAAGGGCAACAAAAAUGAUCAGGGGUAUGGAACAGGAGGAGAGAUUUUACAAUCUGUUUGAGGAGAGAUUUUACAAGAUUGUAACUGUUCAGUUUAGGAUGACUAGGGGUGCAGAUAUGAUAGAAGUCUAUAAAAUUGGGAAUGGCAUUGAGAAAAUGAAUAAGGAAGUGCUAUUUACCCCUUCCCAUAACACAAGUGUAAUAUGAAGAGAGAGCCUGAACCAUGGGGCCUGGUACAAGGCCUAAGGCCUGAACUAAAGUCAGGCCCUGUUACAAAGCAGAGGCCUUCUUGCGGGGUCACUGUCCGGAACAGGAACGUGGCAAGAACAUGGCUGGCGUUGUAAAAACACACGCAUUGCUAGGCACUAAGUAUUCAUGUAAACACAUUCCAGGAGGGUGGUACCAGAACACCCCGAUAGCUAGUUUUGGUGGAAACACACGCCCCAAAGAUGAUAUAGGGACACACUGACCCUUCUUAAAGAUAAGGUCAGGCUGACAGGGUGAUGGAUAGAGAUGUUUUGAUCAAACCAACAGGUACAAGGAAAAGGGGGGUAACUAACCACAUCAGAGGGCCAAUACAUAGCUUGUUUGUAUCAAUGCAUAAAGAGGGGUCACAGAGGGGGUGUCUGUCCAGUGGAGGAGGGAAUGGAAAGUCCCACUGCUCACUGAGCUGGUCCAUGGUAACAUGCAUGCAUGUAUUAGUGUACUACGGGACACAGAUACCGUGCUUUUUCGGCAAUAAACCUGUCUGGACGCCUUUGCCACUGCAAUGAGUCUGUGGUCUCCUUGGGCAGUUCAACUGGAGGCUGCUCUAUGGGCUACCUGUCCAGAGACUGUGCAGCAUGCAGAGAUAACAGACACGCAGGCAACAACUGACACCAACAAGAACUAGGGGU